AUGGAUAUUAAAGUGGAAAAUAAUGAAUCGGACGAUAAUACAUUUGAACUGGAAUAUGUUCAUUUGUAUUGUCGCGUUUGCCUGCAAUUACCCCAGAGUGCGGAUAUUUUAGAUGUCAACAUAAUAUACGACGAGGAUGAAUGUUUAACAUAUAAAGAUGUUUUCAAGAUUUGCACGGAGAUCGAUUUAUUGGCCGAUGUCAACCUUCCCAAUCAAUUAUGCAGGAACUGCGGUUUAGAAUUACAAAUGGCUUAUGAUUUUCAUAAAAAAGUAAAGGAAUCGAAACGCCUGUUGACGCAUGUAUUGCGGCAAAGCGAAAUCCAACAACAAGAUGAAGCCAGUUUGGCCGCUGAUGACAAAAGCUUAUAUGUGGAAGAAUUCGAAGAUGCUGAUAUGAGUUUAGUAGAGUCACCUGAAGUGGAAAUAGAACAGCUUGAUUUGGAAGAAAUUCAGAAAGUUGAUGAAUUCCAAAAUCUGGAAGAACUACAAAAUGUGGAUGAGUGCGAUGAAGGACCCUGCCCUCGUGGCACAUUCGCCUGUGACAAUGGUAAAUUGUGCGUGCCACAACGUCAAAUUUGUGAUAAUCGCUUGGAUUGUAAGGACCAAAGCGAUGAGCAUCCUGUGGAGUGUGGUUUGCUUUAUGGCAGUACGGAAUUGACCAAUAAAAUUGUAGGCAUACAAAUGGAGAAACACAAGCAACAAUUGAAAGGAACUGCUGAGAAAAGCAGCAACAACUCCAACACCACCAACAACACCAACAACAUCAACAACAGUAGCAACAUCAACUACAACGGAUCUAGAGUUGGAGUUGUAGGCACGUCAACAGCAAAUGGAACUAUUACGCCAAGCAGCAAUGGUGGUAUCACUGAUACAAAUAAUAGUUAUAGCAAAAGCCAAAGUGGCAGUAGUGCAAAUAAAACGCCACCAGAUUGUGAAAUCGUAACAUAUCCGAAACAGUGUACCUGUAGAUCAAAAACCAUACUUUAUUGCGGUCAAUAUGCAAAAAUCAACAGAAUACCAAAGAUAAGCGCAGAGGUGACAAAUUUAAUGAUCAACCGAAACAAUUUAACUCUGCGUGAAAAUGCAUUUAGUAAACUUAAGCAUUUACAAAGGCUUACCUUAAAGUACAAUAGCAUAUCAGUACUACCUCAAGGAACAUUUCGUGGGCUUCCACAACUGGAGCGCCUAGAUGUGCGCUACAAUAAUUUCAGCAGUUUGUCGUUUGGUGUUUUUCACGGCCUAGUAUCGCUGCAAUGGUUAUUCCUAAUAUCAAAUCGACUGGAGCAUUUUACAUUGACACAUUUGCUGGAUAUGCCCAGACUGGAAUGGUUAAUGCUGAGCGAUAACUUACUCACAUUGCGUAAUGAUAAAUUUCCACGCAUGAAUCGCCUAUACGAGCUUUAUUUGGAUUAUAAUAGAAUUGAAUAUAUCGGAGAGACCUUUGCACAAUUGGAUAAUUUGCAUUUACUUGAUUUGAGCUGGAAUCGUAUAAGUUCUAUACAUACGGAAGCAUUUUGGGGACUUACGGAUAUCAGAGAUAUCCGUCUUAUAGGAAACCCAAUCAAAAUCUUGCCUGGAGAAAUAUUUCUGCGUAGCAAUUACCUGGAGGCACUUUCGCUUAGCCAUACUGCUCUUCAAAUACGAAGCAACAUCUUGCAACCCGUGAAACUAUCAUACCUAAACUUAACCGGCAUACGCUUUGAAAGCAUAGAUUUUAAAGCUUUAAGCAACAUGCCAAAUCUGAAGUACAUAAUUUUCGAUCGGUUUUAUUUCUGUUCGAUGAUACCGAAAGUAAGAAUGUGCAAACCAAAAACAGAUGGAAUAUCUUCCUUUAAAGAUUUACUCAGUAAGCCCAUAUUACGCUACUCAGCAUGGAUAAUGGCCACCGUCACAAUAAGCGGCAAUAUAAUGGUACUUUGGGGUCGCUUCAUAUAUCGUGAUGAGAAUAUUGCAGUAACAUUGGUCAUACGAAAUUUAGCAUUUGCAGAUAUAUUAAUGGGAUUUUAUUUGCUGACAAUUGGUGUGCAGGAUAUUCGCCAUCGCAAUGAAUAUUAUAAAGUAGCACUUGAUUGGAUUACCUCCUGGCAGUGUGCAGCAGUCGGCACUCUGGCUGUCACGUCUUCUGAAGUAUCGAUGCUAAUACUUGCUUUCAUGUCUUUGGAACGUUUUCUUUUGAUUGCUGACCCAUUCCGCAGUCAUCGUCGUAUUAGUGUACGAAACAUUAUCGCUGCUUUGACAUUGAUUUGGAUAAUGGGUAUAGGCAUUGCAGUGGCACCUGUGGUACUCUGGCGCUCAAGUACAAAAUUUUAUGGCACAUAUUCGGGCACUUGUUUUCCACUGCACAUACAGGAACCCUACCCACUUGGCUGGCAGUAUUCAGCUUUUAUGUUUUUGGGAGUAAAUUUAUUUCUACUGCUUAUGAUUGCACUGCUCUACACAGUGCUACUUAUUUCCAUUUGGCGCACUCGGAAGGCUACACCUCUUUCGUUCUUAGAUUGCGAAUUUGCAGUUCGUUUUUUCUUUAUUGUACUGACGGACGCAUUGUGUUGGGCGCCAAUCAUUAUUUUUAAGAUUUGGGUGUUUUUCAAAUAUAAUAUAUCAGAUGACAUCUAUGCCUGGUUGGUUGUGUUUAUUUUACCGCUCAAUUCUGCCGUCAAUCCACUGUUGUACACAUUUACAACACCGAAGUAUCGUAAUCAAAUUUUGUUACGUGGCUGGAAGAAAAUCACCGCACGUAGACGUCCCUAUCCAUUAAGUGGCAUGGCAACUACAAUUGCCACUGCAACUGCUUCGUCCAAUCCAGAUGAAUCUUCUAGUAAAGCCAUUCCCCUGGUGGGAAAUCUUUAGAUGCUCGCAUAUAAAUAAGCAGAAUUUACUAAGCAAUUAAUU